AUGAAGCCCACUCUCCUUCUCCUCGGCCUUGCCGCCGAAAGCCUCGCAGCCGCCGUCCUCCCAGGUGGUGCUGAGGAGGUCCAGACGGAAGUCACUCGUACCUUCGAGUUCCCCCAUCUACCAACGAAGCCACCGCACCAUCCGACUAGGCCGCCGCACCACACUAACACAAGGCCUCCUCACUGGCCGACAAAGCCACCGCACCAUACCCACACGAGGCCCCCGCACCAAUCAUCGACUCGCACCCGUAAGCCGUGGCCAACCUACCAUGUCGAUGAGCGCGAUGUCAUCGACGAUAUCGUUGCCCGCGAUGAUGCAUCCAGCGACGGGCCCGAUCCCGAUCACGUCCACGUUGUUGGCAUCACCUAUGGUGGCAGUGGAUGCCCUCAGGGAAGCGCUCGCACCAUCCUCUCUGACGAUCGCGAGACGGUCACAUUGAUCUUUGAUCAAUUUAUUGCUGCCAUCGGCCCCAAGAUCAGCCUUGAAGAGAGCCGCAGGAACUGCCAGGUCAACCUUAAGCUUCAGUACCCUGGUGGCUACCAGUACUCCGUUCUGGGUGUCGACUACCGCGGAUAUGCCAAGUUGGACCGUGGCGUUGAAGGCGUGCACCGCAGCAACUACUAUUACUCUGGCGAGACCAACGACUUUGCGUUGACCACUUGGUUCGAUGGUCCAAAGAACGGUGACUACUUCCUUCACGAUGACACCGACCAGACCUCUCGCAACUGGUCUCCUUGCGGUAGCAGCCGUGCGCUCAACAUCAACACCUCGAUCCGCCUCAGCAGCCGCGACAAGAACGCCUCUGGCCUCUUGACCAACGACUCCACGGAUGCCGACUUCCGACAGAUCUACCACAUCAAAUGGCGAAAGUGCUAG